GAGAAGAGAAAACUCUCGAACCUCUCCUGGGGAAAGAGGCAGGCGCACAGCUCAGGAGGGAAAGGAAACAUCAGCAAGUCUGUCCAACUUGCACAAACAAAGUCUGAAGCACCGGCCAGGAGAUUUUUCUACCUGCAGUGCUCGGGAGAAACGGGGCCUGCAUCACUCCAUGGGGCAUAAAUGUGCUGAGCAGAUCUCCUCCUUCCUCUUUGAGUAUGACACGCCACGAAUGGUUUUGGUGCGGAAUAAGAAGGUAGGACUUACCUUCCGGCUGAUCCAGCUAGUGGUCCUGGCUUACAUCAUCGGAUGGGUUUUCCUCUACGAGAAAGGUUACCAGUCUAGGGAUGGCACCAUCAGCUCGGUCUCUGUGAAGCUCAAGGGGCUGACCCUUACAAAUGUCAGCGAGAUGGGCCCCUACAUCUGGGAUGUCGCCGAUUAUGUUUUCCCACCUCAGGGGGACAGUUCGUUUGUGGUAAUGACCAACUUCAUUAUCACCCGUGGUCAGAAACAGGGAACGUGUCCCGAGCAUCCUGAAACAGGAGUGUGUGAUAAUGACAGUCAAUGUACUGGAGGCACUUACCACCGUCAGGGCCAAGGGAUCAUGACUGGGAAGUGCGUGAAUUUUAGCAGUAUGCAGAAGACCUGUGAGAUGUUUGGUUGGUGUCCAGUGGAGAUCGAUGACGAGGUUCCAGAGCCACCUCUGCUCCUAGCUGCCGAAAACUUCACUGUCUUGAUUAAGAACAGCAUCACUUUCCCCAGAUUUAAGGUCUCCAGGCGUAAUCUCAUUGAGAACAUCACCAAGACCUCUCUGAAAAAAUGCACCUAUCACCGUGUCAAAGAUCCACUGUGUCCCGUGUUUAAACUGGGAAACAUAGUGAAGGAUUCUGGACAGAACUUUUCCAAGUUGGCCUAUCAGGGUGGCAUCGUUGGUAUCACCAUCAGCUGGGACUGUGACCUCGACUGGCCUGUGAGGUACUGUGUGCCGGUGUACGAGUUUCAUGGGCUGUAUGAUGAGUCCAACAACAUCUCUACAGGCUUCAACUUCAGGUAUGCCAAAUAUUACAGAGAAAACGGGACAGAUUUCAGGACUCUCUACAAGGUGUUCGGAAUCCGCUUUGACGUUCUGGUGAAUGGAAAGGCUGGAAAAUUUGACAUUAUCCCAACGAUGACCACCAUAGGCUCGGGCAUUGGCAUUUUUGGAGUGGCCUCGGUCCUCUGCGACUUGCUUCUGCUGCAUUUCCUGCCCAGGCGCAACUACUACAAGCAGAAGAAGUUCAAGUACGCAGAGCAGGACUCUUUCAAAGCGGAAAAAAGUUCCAACAGCAGCAACUUGCCAGAGAAGGAGAAGGAUUUACAGUUAAACUGAUUUGCAGCCCCAACACGGACCGUUCUUCUCUUCCUUCUUCUUUAAGACGCUGCCGAUGAUCUUGUCUUGCUUUGGGUGUGUGUGUGUGUUUUUUUUUCUUUUUUAAAUCAUUCUGGCCCUGAGUAAACACCUGCUGAACUCGCUUUUCUAUGCACUGGAUUUUGUUUCAUCCCUUCGAGGGAUUUACUGGGCUCCUUCAAGGUUUUUGGUCAAGAGCUUUUGAGGGACACAGAGAAACCUUCUUAGAAGCUGCGCAAAGAGAAAUCUGGAAUGGCCGUGGCCAAAGCAGCAGUUAGGAACUCCGGAAGCGGCCUUAUAUCGAGUCUGACCAUAGGUCCGUCUAGCUCAGUAUUGUCUACACUGACUGGCUGUGGCUUCUCCAAGGCUGCAGGCAGGGGUUUCUCCCAAGUCUACCUGGAGAUGCUGCCUGAGAGUGAACUGAGGACCUCUUGCACACAAAGCAGAUGCUCUUCCACUGAGCUAUGGCUUAAUCCCCUAAGAAGCUGCUACCUACCUACUGAGUCAGGCCAUUGGUCCACCCAGCUCAGUACUGUCUGCUCUGACUGGCAGCAGACUGGUUUCAGGCAGGAGUCUCUCCCAGCCCUUCCUAGAGAUGCUACCAAGGGAUUCAACUUGGGACCUUCGGCAUCCCAAGCAGAUGCUUUGUCACUGAGCUAUUGUCCAACCUCCACCCCCACGGAACAUUCUAU